CUCAUCAAAUAACACACUGCCUUCUUCAACUGUUCACUAGCCUUUUUUCUCUCUAAAAAAAAGCAAAUGGCAUCCAUGGCUCUGUCAUCCCCAUCAUUUGCUGGCACAGCUGUAACUUUGAACUCGCUAUCAAAGUUCCCAACCAAUGUUAGAUCCAGCAGCAACGGAAGGAUCAUGAUGAGGAAGACAUCAGCCAAGAAGCCUGCUGCUUCGUCGGGAAGUCCAUGGUACGGCCCAGACCGUGUCAUGUACCUUGGACCCUUCUCUGGUGAGUCCCCAUCAUACCUAACUGGUGAAUUCCCUGGUGAUUAUGGCUGGGAUACUGCUGGAUUAUCCGCAGACCCAGAGACCUUUGCCAAAAACCGGGAACUUGAGGUGAUUCAUUCAAGGUGGGCCAUGCUCGGAGCUUUGGGUUGUGUAUUCCCUGAACUUCUAUCUAAAAACGGAGUUAAAUUCGGCGAAGCUGUUUGGUUCAAAGCUGGUUCUCAGAUUUUCAGUGAAGGUGGACUUGACUACUUGGGAAACUCCAGCUUAGUUCAUGCUCAGAGCAUCUUGGCGAUUUGGGCCACUCAAGUUAUCCUUAUGGGUGCUGUUGAGGGAUAUAGAGUAGCUGGCGGUCCACCAGGUGAAAUCGUCGACCCUCUGUACCCUGGUGGUAGUUUUGACCCCUUGGGACUUGCAGAGGACCCAGAGGCAUUUGCUGAGCUAAAGGUAAAGGAACUAAAGAAUGGGCGACUUGCUAUGUUCUCCAUGUUUGGUUUCUUCGUUCAGGCAAUUGUAACUGGAAAAGGUCCUCUUGAGAACCUCGCAGACCACCUUUCUGACCCCGUGAACAACAAUGCUUGGUCAUAUGCCACCAAUUUUGCUCCAGGAAAGUGAGAAUGUGCAUGACAAUCAACUAAGAUGAUCUCAUUUCUCUUAAGGGCGAAUUAGAUUGUUUUUCUCCUCUUUCAUUCAUAUAUACUCUGUACAUCCAUUUAGAUUGUAAAUUUGGGCAGCGCAUCUUUGUAUGUUUCACAUGUCUAUUUGGAACCUCAAGCUCAAAUUUUGAGCAAUGAAAAAUAUUUUGUUAAGUAGUGUCUAUC